AUGGUUCUCCUGUCACUCUGGUUGAUAGCAGCCGCUCUGGUAGAGGUUAGGACUUCAGCUGAUGGACAAGCUGGUAAUGAAGAAAUGGUGCAAAUAGAUUUACCAAUAAAGAGCCAGAGUGAGUAUGAGCUGGUGACUCCAGUCAGCACAAAUUUUGAAGGACACUAUCUCUCCCAUAUUCUUUCUGCAAAUCACAAAAGGAGGUCACCGAGGGACGUGUCUUCCAACUCUGAGCAAUUGUUCUUUAACAUCACCGCAUUUGGAAGAGAUUUUCAUCUGCGACUAAGGCCCAACACUCAGCUAGUCGCUCCUGGGGCUGUUGUGGAAUGGCACGACACAGAUCUGGUGCCCGAGAAUAUAACUGACCCCACUGAUGAUCAUCAAUCAGGAAAUGCUUCAGAAAGAAUCUGGAAAACAGAGCCUUUGCAGACUAACUGUGCUUAUGUUGGUGACAUCAUGGACAUUCCAGGAACCUCUGUUGCCAUUAGCAACUGUGACGGUCUGGCUGGAAUGAUAAAAAGUGAUGAUGAUGAGUAUUUCAUUGAACCUUUGGAGAGAGGUAAACAGAUGGAGGAAGAAAAUGGAAGGAUUCAUGUUGUCUACAAGAGAUCAGCGGUAGAAUGGGCUUCCGGAAACGUGUCCCACGACUGCCGAUACAGAGAGUCGAAUCUGGGAGGCCUUGACGAUGUAGGUACUAUUUCCAGCAGCAUUGACCAGCAGCUGAAGGACGCAGCGAGGCACCGCAGACACACGGGAGAGAACGAUUAUAACAUCGAGGUGCUGCUGGGGGUGGACGACUCCGUGGUCCGCUUCCACGGCAAAGAGCACGUCCAGAACUACCUCCUCACCCUGAUGAACAUUGUGAAUGAAAUUUACCACGAUGAGUCCCUCGGAGUGCAUAUAAAUGUGGUCCUGGUGCGCAUGAUAAUGCUGGGGUAUGCAAAGUCCAUCAGCCUCAUAGAAAGGGGAAACCCAUCCAGAAGCUUGGAGAACGUGUGUCGCUGGGCUUGCCAACAACAGAAGUCUGAUCCGAACCACUCUGAACACCAUGAUCAUGCAAUUUUCUUAACCAGGCAAGACUUUGGACCUGCUGGAAUGCAAGGAUAUGCUCCAGUCACAGGCAUGUGUCAUCCAGUGAGAAGUUGUACCCUGAAUCAUGAGGAUGGUUUUUCAUCUGCUUUUGUAGUAGCCCAUGAGACUGGCCAUGUGCUGGGAAUGGAGCACGACGGACAAGGCAACAGGUGCGGCGAUGAGACGGCUAUGGGGAGUGUCAUGGCUCCCUUGGUGCAGGCAGCGUUUCAUCGUUACCACUGGUCCCGGUGCAGCGGCCAAGAGCUGAAGAGAUACAUCCAUUCCUACGACUGUCUCCUUGAUGACCCUUUCGAACAUGAUUGGCCCAAACUCCCAGAACUUCCUGGAAUCAAUUACUCUAUGGAUGAGCAAUGUCGUUUUGACUUUGGGGUUGGUUAUAAAAUGUGCACUGCGUUCCGAACAUUUGACCCAUGUAAACAACUGUGGUGUAGCCAUCCCGAUAAUCCCUACUUCUGUAAGACAAAAAAGGGACCCCCACUUGAUGGGACCGAAUGUGCUGCUGGAAAAUGGUGCUAUAAGGGUCACUGCAUGUGGAAAAAUGCUAAUCAACAAAAACAAGAUGGCAACUGGGGAUCUUGGACCAAAUUUGGCUCUUGUUCCCGGACGUGCGGAACUGGGGUCCGUUUCAGAACGCGCCAGUGUAAUAAUCCCGCGCCCAUCAAUGGUGGUCAGGAUUGUCCUGGUGUUAAUUUUGAGUACCAGCUUUGUAAUACAGAAGAAUGCCCAAAACACUUUGAGGACUUCAGAGCACAGCAGUGCCAGCAGCGUAACUCCCACUUCGAAUACCAGAAUACCAAACACCACUGGUUACCAUACGAGCAUCCCGACUCCAAGAAAAGAUGCCACCUUUACUGCCAAUCCAGAGAAACGGGAGAUGUGGUGUACAUGAAACAGCUGGUGCAUGACGGGACACACUGUUCUUACAAAGAUCCGUACAGCAUAUGUGUGCGGGGAGAGUGUGUGAAAGUGGGCUGUGAUAAAGAAAUCGGUUCUACUAAGGUUGAGGAUAAGUGCGGCGUCUGUGGAGGAGAUAAUUCUCAUUGUCGAACCAUAAAGGGAACAUUCACCAGAAUUCCCAAGAAGCUUGGGUACCUUAAGAUGUUUGAUAUACCCCCUGGUGCUAGACAUGUGUUAAUCCAAGAAGACGAGGCUUCUCCUCAUAUUCUUGCUAUUAAGAACCAGGCUACAGGCCACUAUAUUUUAAAUGGCAAAGGGGAGGAAGCCAAGUCGCGAACCUUCAUCGAUCUCGGCGUGGAAUGGGACUAUAACAUUGAAGAUGACAUUGAAACUCUUCACACAGAUGGACCUUUACACGAUCCAGUUAUCGUUCUGAUCAUACCUCAAGACAACGAUACCCACUCCAGCCUGACGUAUAAGUACAUCAUUCAUGAAGAUUCCGCACCUACAAUCAGCAGCAACAAUGUCAUCCAGGAAGAAUUAGAUACUUUUGAAUGGGCUUUGAAGAGUUGGUCUCAGUGUUCCAAACCCUGUGGUGGAGGUUUCCAGUACACUAAAUACGGAUGCCGUAGAAAAAGUGAUAAUAAGAUGGUUCACCGCAGCUUCUGCGAGGUCAACAGGAAGCCAAAACCUAUUAGAAGAAUGUGCAAUAUUCAAGAGUGUACGCAUCCACUCUGGGUGGCGGAGGAGUGGGAGCACUGCACCAAGACCUGCGGGAGCUCCGGCUACCAGCUCCGCACCGUGCGCUGCCUGCAGCCGCUCCACGACGGCACCAACCGCUCCGUGCACAGCAAGUACUGCCCCGCCGAGCGGCCCGACAACCGGCGGCCCUGUAACCGCGUGCCCUGCCCCUCCCACUGGAAAGCAGGGCCCUGGAACGAGUGCUCCGUGACCUGUGGGGAAGGGACGGAGGUGAGGCAGGUCCUGUGCAGGGCGGGAGACCACUGCGCAGGGGAGAAGCCCGAGGCGGUCAGGGCCUGUCAGCUGCCUCCCUGUAACGAUGAGCCGUGUUUGGGAGACAAGUCCAUCUUCUGUCAGAUGGAGGUGCUGGCGCGAUACUGCUCCAUACCGGGUUAUAACAAGCUGUGUUGUGAGUCGUGUAGCAAGCGCGGCAGCACCCUGCCACCACCGUACCUUCCAGAAGCUGCUGAAACUCACAGCGAUGCUGUCUUUAACCCUAGCGACCUCCCUGGAUCUCUGCUGAUGCCUACGUCCUCGGUUCCCCACCGUUCGGAGCCCCCUGCCGAGAGGAAGCGAUCUCUAAGCAGGCUGCCUGCGGCGGGGAGUCCCAGGCCACACAGUAAACCCGAUGGUGCUAACUUGCCCCGGAGGAGAGCUCUGCUAGCGGGGGGUAAGACUCUGAGACUGGUGUCCCCGGCCACCAGGAGCGGCCCACUCAGCUCCCCCGCAGAAGCGGCCGCGGCCCGCCUCCCCGCGGUCAGCGAGUCCCUGGGUGCUGCUUCUCAGGCCAGAACCUCAAGGAAAGAUGACAAAAUCCUUGACAAGACACGUCCGGUCAGAUCGGCCUCUUUGGAAAGAUGA